AUGCCAUUCUCGUGCUUGCCAUUUUUUGCCUGCAAUCGGCAAGUGGAUACGUUGGAUCGACGGCAAUGCAAUCUGCAAGCAGUACCGCAUGACAUUGAUCGGAACGCACGAACGCUGGAGGAGAUGUACCUGGAUUGCAAUCAUAUCAAAGAUCUCGAUAAGGUUACUCUCGCACUUCUUAUUCCCUCGCAGCUGAAGUAG